AUGUCCAAUCUUCUCGAAUUGUUGUCUCGUCGUCCUGUUGUUGUUGUUGUUGUGGCGAGUUCAAAUCCAGUGAAAGUGAAUUGUGUAAAAGAGGCUUUUUCAAAAGUAUUUCCUUUGAAUAACAAGGAGCAGGAAUGUUCUGGAAUGGAAUACAUUUCUCUGAGUGUUCCAUCUCAAGUCUCGGACCAACCUCAAACGUUAUCGGAAACAUUGAAAGGAGCCACCAAUAGAGCUCACAAUGCCAGACAAGAAUAUAUGAAGAGAGAAAAUCUUUCAUUGGAAGAUCUUCAACAGCAAUUAAUUUAUUUUGUUGGAAUUGAAGGAGGAAUAGAAGAUGAAGGAAAUGAUCAAGUGGUUUCUUGCGCUUGUUGUGUCGUGAUUGAAUCAAUCAGUGGUUACGUUUCUCACGCUAAAACAUCAUCGUUUUAUUUGCCACCUGAAAUUGUGAGACUAUUGAGACAAGGAAUGGAAUUAGGUCAUGCCAAUGAUCUUGUAUUUAAUAAGACUAAUUCAAAACAUGAAACUGGAGCUGUUGGAUUAUUGACUAGAGAAAUUGUUACUCGUUCUUCGUAUUAUGAACAAGCAUUAAUAUUGGCCUUAAUUCCUUUCAUGAAUAGAGAAAUGUAUGAAUUGGAUAACAAGAAGGCUAACAUUGUAUGA